GUCGGAGUUCUAAUUCAACUCCUCUACUUACCGCAAUCAUGGCAGCUCAACAUUCGCAGGGAAUACAAACGCUUCUUGAAGCAGAGAAAGAAGCUGCCAAGAUUGUGCAGCAGUCACGUCAAUACCGCCUUCAGAGAUUAAAGGACGCACGCUCAGAAGCAAGCAGAGAAAUAGAAGAAUACAGACAGGCUAAAGACGCCGAAUUCAAGUCGUUUGAAGCAUCGCACGCAGGAGUCACCUCCAAUGCACAGGCUGCAGUAGACAAGGAGACAAAUAUAAAGUUACAGGCCAUCACAGAUGCUUAUGAAGCACACAAAGAUGUGGUUGUGAAGAAACUACUAGACCGCGUCCUAUUGAUCAAGCCCGAGCUGCAUCGGAACCUCAAGAGGGCUGGUGGCGCAGAAUCACAAUGAUCAACUUCAUUGCUAUGGACUUGACUUGUACAGUAAUACACUGGGUGCUUCAAUGAGCAAUAAUACCCCUCGAUCUGAUAAU